GCGGAUAAGUGGAAAUCCUGCAGCCUGCGGAACCGCCGGUCGAAUCCGUGACGUCGUCUAAACGUGCCGUGCCGCUCUCCCCGUGUAUUCGACACGUUGUGCAACAAUUUCCGUGCUGCGGGCGCAUAACGCAAACGUACGAGGUAUUUUUUUUUUUCGAUGGAUCGCGCGAUACGUGCUCACCUGUGGAACGAGUGCGGAGCACGAUAUUUUUUUCGAUUCACGGGCUUGGCUCGUAGAAAAUGCAUAUGCGACGAGAGAUCACAGACAUUGCCGAGUGUAACGAGCCACGUGUGUCGUGCUCGUCGCAGUGAUAUCCCGGUACUUUGCGAAGGAUACGAACGUGGCGAUCGUAAGUCGUAAGAAAUUCAUUUGCGAGGACGUAAAUGCCCCUCGACAAGCGAUCGUUCCGGUGGCGAGCAUGGCUCCGAAGAAACCCGAGGAACCUGAAAGGAAACCGCUUAUCGGUCGCGUUGGUACUAAUUUAAAAAUGGGCAUAGUCGGGAUACCAAACGUAGGGAAAUCGACUUUCUUCAACGUUCUCACCAAGAGCCAAGCAGCGGCUGAGAAUUUUCCCUUCUGCACCAUCGAUCCCAAUGAGAGUCGCGUUCCAGUACCCGAUGCGAGGUUUGACUAUCUCUGCGAGUACUUUAAACCGGCUAGCAAAGUCCCGGCCUUCCUGCACGUAAUGGACAUCGCCGGGCUGGUGAAAGGCGCCUCCGAGGGACAAGGCUUAGGAAACAGUUUUCUCUCGCACAUCGGAGCUUGCGACGGCAUAUUUCAUCUUUGUCGUGCCUUUGAGGACGACGAUGUCACCCAUGUGGAGGGUGACGUCAACCCCGUGAGAGAUCUCGACAUCAUCAGCGAGGAGUUACGACUGAAGGACGUGGAGUUCUUGAAUGUACACCUCGAGAAGCUCGAAAAACUUGUAAUACGUGGUAACGACAAGAAGCUGAAGCCUGAAUAUGACACGCUUCUGAAGGUAAAAGGUGUUCUGGCGGACGAAAAGAAACACAUCAGGUUCGCAGAUUGGAGUGCCAACGAUAUCGAAGUGCUGAACAAAUAUCUGUUUCUCACGUCAAAACCAAUUAUCUAUUUGGUGAACCUGUCGGAAAAGGAUUACAUACGUAAGAAGAAUAAAUGGUUAAUCAAAAUAAAAGAAUGGGUCGACAAGAACGAUCCGGGUGCGGUGUUAAUCCCUUUCAGCGGCAUCUUCGAAAACAAGAUUCUCGACAUGGACGAGGCGGAGCGCGCAAAAUACUUCGAGGAACACAAAGUCACCAGUGCACUCGACAAAAUCAUUGUACAAGGAUACAAAGCGCUACAGCUGCAAUAUUUCUUCACAUCCGGACAUGAUGAAGUGAAAGCGUGGACAAUUCAGAGAGGUACGAAAGCACCACAAGCUGCUGGAAAAAUACACACGGAUUUUGAAAAGGGAUUCAUCAUGGCAGAAGUGAUGAAAUUCGAAGAUUUCAAAAAUGAGGGUUCGGAAGCAGCAGUGAAAGCCGCAGGAAAAUAUAGACAGCAGGGACGUAACUACGUAGUUGAGGAUGGCGAUAUUAUUUUCUUCAAAUUCAACGCGGGUGCCGGAUUAAAGGAUGCAAAAAAGAAGUGAUGGCACGCGUUUCUCAUGUUGUUGCUCGUCCAUCUGUACAUCAACAUGAUCCUGUUAUCUUGUUGCAUGCAUCACCCACGCGUCAAUCAAUCUAAUCCGCUUCCCGAUCCUCCAUGAUUUUUUCAUUUAUGAUAAGUAUAUACAUUGAUGACAACAAUGAUAAUUAUUUUUAUAUUUUUAUCCCACGUAAGAAAUUAAUCGUGCUCACGAUAUGUUUGCAAGAUAUUUUAUUAAGAUGAAAUGUCUUGUUUAAAAUUACGUGCAGAAAACACACUCAAUAUCUGCAUAUGUUUCUUUUUAAAAGAACAUUUUGUGCAAAAGAAAGGUGGCACUUUGAUGUUUAUUUGUGUGUACAUAAUUAGCUUUUCGUAGAUCGCAUUAUGUAUUUUUUAUUUUUAUGAAAAUACGCAGACAAAAAAAGGAAGAAAAGUGAAAAAAAAAAGGGAAGAAUGUGUACGUAAAGCAUUUCUUUGUACUCUUCUGUAUUUAUUCUACAAAUAUUAAACUACAUUGACGUAAAAGGA